AUGGGUUUUAAAAUCUGGGAACGUUUUUCACAAGCCGACAAUAUAUUUCAAUCGUUACGACCACUAACCUACAUUUCCAUAAUUGGUUUGGCUCCCUUCCACUUGAAAUCCCAAAAGGAAGUUCGCACUUCGGCCUUGUCCUUUGUCGCCGGCAUUGCCCAUUUCCUGUUCUUUCUUUUGUGUUUUUUUCUAUCGCGUCGUGAGGGUGGUUCCAUUAUUGGUUAUUUCUUUCAAACGAACAUAACGAAAUUGGGUGAUGCUACCCUCUCGUUAACCGGUAUUAUUGCGAUGUUGACAAUAUUCGGUUUUGCCAUAGUGAAACGGGAUAAAUUGAUAAAUAUUAUACAGAAUAAUCUGGUGGUCGAUGAGAUCUUUGUGCGGUUGGGCAUGAAAUUGAAUUAUCGCAAGAUUCUAUGGUAUUCCUUUGUUAUAUCCUUUGGUAUGCUGUUAUUCAACGUUAUUUAUUUGUGUGUCAGUUAUAUGCUGUUGCGAUCGGCUCAGAUAACACCUUCGUUUGUGGUCUUUACAACAUUUGCUCUGCCGCAUAUUAACAUCAGUAUUAUGGUAUUUAAGUUUUUGUGUACGACGCAUUUGGCGAAGAGUCGAUUUCAUAUGAUGAAUGAGAUUCUUCAAGAUAUUUUAGAUUCGCACAUUGAAGACAGUAAUGCCAUGGAACUUUCACCACUACAUUCAAUAGUACGCAUUAAUCGUAGUGUACCUAGAAGACGUCCUGCUAACAUCUCAAUGACGGCCAGUAAACGUUAUAGUGUUACCUCUAUCAUACGACAAAAUCCUGAAUUUUCCCUUAAACAAGUGACGAAUAUACACAAUCUUCUGUGUGAUAUUUGCAAUACCAUAGAGGAAUACUUUACAUAUCCCCUACUGGCCAUAAUAGCCAUAUCAUUUCUCUUCAUACUAUUCGAUGAUUUCUAUAUACUAGAAGUAAUGCUUAAUCCAAAUUGUGUAGAAGUUUUCGAAGCUGAUGAAUUUUUCGCCUUUUUCUUUGCCCAAAUGUUAUGGUAUGUCAUAAUAAUAUUUUUAAUUGUCGAGGGCAGCAGUAAGACUAUUAAAGAAAGUGCCAAAUGUGCUGCCAUUGUUCAUAAGACCCUCAACAUAACGGAUGAUCCGGAGAUACGAGAUCGUUUGUUGCGUUUAUCUUUGCAAUUACAACAUCGUCGUGUUAGAUUUACCGCAGCUGAACUAUUUAAUUUAGAUCGUACUUUAAUAUUUACGAUUACUGGUGCUGCUACUUGUUAUUUGAUUAUACUGGUACAAUUUCGUACCACACAUCACUUGGACACCAAUCAAAAUAAUACAAAUUGUGUUUCGUAAAUUUUGGGUUUGGUUUUUUAUUGUAAAUUGUGUGCC